UUUGCUCAUAUUUAACAAGGGUGCCAAUAUUAAUGGAUGGCACUGUGUACAAGAUUUCCACAAAACAAAAGGCUUCAGAUUUAAAAUAUUUAAAUCCUUAAAUAUAGUUUUAAGGCUAAUCUACCUCUAAAUGCAAGCUACCAAAUGACAAAGAAUUACAGUUUUGCAUGAUAUUUUAGCAUGCAGAUAUGAAUAGUGAAUCAAAAGAAUCACCUCACAUGUGUCGGUUUUGGUAAAACGCGUUUGUUCAGAAGUGUCGACUCAGUGAAGUGACUCGUGAUGGAGAUCUCUGACUCCUCCCUGUGCCAAGUGAAACAGACGGAGCGGACCGCAGGCAGUCCUCCUUGUGUCCGUGGAGCAGAUCAGUGAUACUCAGAGCCAAUGGCGAACCGAGGGCCGAGUUAUGGCCUGAGCCGCGAGGUGCAGGAGAAGAUCGAUCAGAAGUACAACGUUGAGCUGGAGACUCGACUCGUGGACUGGAUCAUGGCUCAGUGUGGAGACGACCUGCAGCGCCCACAACCUGGCAAACAGAACUUCCAGAACUGGCUCAUGGACGGCACGAUUCUCUGCCGACUCAUUAACAGUCUUUACCCGAGCGACAUGCAGCCCAUACAGAAGAUUCCUGAAACCAAGAUGGCCUUUAAGCAGAUGGAGAAAAUCUCUCAGUUCCUGCAGGCUGCAGAAGGUUAUGGCGUUACCAGAGGAGACAUCUUCCAGACUGUUGACUUGUGGGAAGGGAAGGACAUGGCUGCUGUCCAGAGGACACUCAUGGCUCUGGGAAGUGAAGCUGUCACCAAAGACGAUGGUUAUUACCAUGGCAACAAGGACUGGUUUCACAGGAAAGUUAAAGGCCACAGGAGGGAGUUCUCAGAGGAGCAGCUGCGUCAGGGUCGCGCUCUGAUCGGCAUGCAGAUGGGCAGUAACCGCGGUGCGUCUCAGGCGGGUAUGACGGGCUACGGCACACCACGACAGAUAAUGCGCUACGACUCGCCACGCCGCGACGGGGAACAAAGCUCCCCCUAAAACUCCCCUCACAAUGGUACAACCCAGAACCCCAAAUCAGAUCCAGAGCUCUUCCUUUUAAAUUAUGUUAAAUUUUUCUUCGCAGAUUUCUGUCCAUAUUUAUUUUCUCACUAUAACGAUUCACACCUCGUGCUCCUUCAGCAAUGAAAGAAUUAGAAAUAACCCAAUGUUUUAAAAUUAUAUCGCGAAGUACAAAACUACCACGUGUUUAACAUCGAGCUGCUAAGUAGCUCGCUAAUUGGCUAAAUCUGUUCACGUGCGAGUCAGUGACCUGCUCUCUUUGUAUGUUGUUUAUUCUUUCCCCAAUUUAAGGAAGCAAAAGAUCGCCCUUCUUUUUUCUCCUUCUUCAGAGAACAGUAAGGAUUUCUGUUAGCAAUAUAUAAUUAAAGAAAAAAUGAAAGACUAAAACUUUUUUUUUUUUUUUAAAAAAGGACAGAAAAGUUGUUUUUCUUUAAAAUGCACGUGUGCAUGUGCACAUGGACAAAUCAUAAACAGAAUAAAUUUACCACAGAACAGGCAUGAAAACAAAUAAAAUCAUUUUAAAAAUAAAAUAAAAUAAAUAUACGUCUAGCAGAGCGUCUGGCCCCAACAUGGCCUCCUAGCUAAAAAAUCAACACCGUGGGGUUUUUUUUUUCAAUACUACAGCUCAGGGGAAUGAGAAAUCUAUGGACGAAUAAAGACAAAUCAGACUCGCUUUAGCUCACAUGCUACAAAGGUAGCCGUUAGCUUAACCACGUGUACUGUAGUAUCCAUGGAAUAAAUAUCGCACUCGAAGACUAUGGAUCUGGAAUUAGCUGAACAUGAAGAGCUCAUUUCUGGAUCAGUCCUCAACAUCAAACAUCAAACAGCUUCAUGCUAACAAGCGUACAUACCGGAUGUAUCCUGAUAUACGUAUAAGAAGAAAGAACAGAAGGUGCCGAGUUAUCUAAGGUUAUGAAAACAAAGCUGUGAAAAACAUUCCUGUACAAGUUUAAGAAGUCUGGCACAAUCACCUUUAGUGCUAGAAGCUUCCAGAAAGUAUCAUAAGAGUGUGUGGUUAAGUAGCUAAAGUUAGCAUAGUAGCGUUUCACUAGCUAGCAAAAGUCACCACAGGAUUUUGUUUCUACAUGGCUAAAUUUACCACAAGAGGUUACUACACACUAGCUAAAGUUACCAAAGGUUUCAUGCUAAUUGGGAAACUUACCAGUAGGAGUUUAUUGCCAACAAACUGAAGUCUAAACUUACCCCAAAUAUUUACUGUUAACUAGCUAAAUUAACCACAAGUAGUUACUUUUAGCUGUCUAAAGGUACCACACCUAGUUGCUAGCUAAAGUUAUCACAAAGUUAUUGCUAGCUGAAUGAAGCUUAUUGUAAGAGAGCUACAGAACAUUUUUGCUUAAUUCACCACAGUUUACUGCGAGCUAGUUAAAGUUACCACAGAAUGUUACUGCUGGAUUUUUCCGGAUCAUUUAGUCUCCUCCUCAAAACGUUUAGAAGAAACCGGGUGUAAAUUCUUCCUCAAUGUGUGGCCUUGAAAUAGGAUACUGAAGGCUAGAACUUCAUCAUUCCCUGACAGAAUGAAUAAUGUGUGGGGUCUUGUGAUUUUUUAAAAUUCUUAUUUCUACAUGGUACUAGACGAUUACGUGAUCACAUCGUGUUUAAAUUGUGGCGUCGGUGUGUUAAAAAGCCAUAACGUUUUCCUUAAUAGAAGCCAUAUGAAGCUGUUGCACUUUGGAGCCAGCUUUAAAUGUAUUUUUCUUUCAGACAGAUUGCACUGUCAUGCUUUUUGGGUCUAAUUCCAAGAGAAUGAAUGUCACAAUGAUGUCAUGCUGUGUCUCAAAUAGUUUAUGUACUACAACCUAGCUAAAGUUAUAAUAGGAAUUUACUCACAGCUAGCUAGUUAUCACAGGAUUUUGCUACUAGCUAGUUAAAAGUUACCACAGGUGUCUCUUGCUAGUUAACGAACAUGAAUGCGGGAUUUUCUUGCUAGCUAGCUAGUUAAAGUUACCACAGGAUUUUGGUGCUAGCUAGCUAAAGUUACCACAGGAGUCUUCAGCUAGUUAAUGAACAUUAAUGCAAGAUUUUCUUGCUAGCUAGAAGAAAAAUAAAAAGUUAAAUCUACAACUCUUAAGUUCUCUCUAAGGUAAUCCUUCUAUGGAGAGCCCUCCCACUGUUUUUUUUCUUUCUCUACAUUAAAGGGUUAUAAGUAAAACCUGUUUAGGAAGCUAGGAACCCUUAACUCGCCUUUCUUCAACAGUUUCAGUGCAUUUAGUUUACUCCCCUAUUAAGACAUGGAUGAUGUGCUAGAACCGUAGUGCGUGUACCCCUGAUACAUUGCAUAACUUGGAGGAAGGGGAGGAGCUAUAAGAGAACAUUCGAAAUAUAUUAUUGCUGGAAUUGAGGCGUUACUGCACUACACACAUAAAUCGGGUACAUCGUUUAGUCCUUAAGUAGAAAUCUUUCACGGUUCUGUAACGAAACCAUUUGACAAGAUUCCGAGUAAACACCGCUUUAGAACGCAAAACCUAUCCAAAGAACGCUCGAGUACCGCUGUGGUUCCGUUCUUAGAACCCAGCGCCUGUUAGAUGUCCGCGAACUUUCCAACAUUCCAGAACAGAUCGUUAUGAUGUCACAGCGAUGGACGAGUGUCUAUCGAGACGUAAUGUGCUUGGAAUGUCGUCUCGCUCACUGUUCCCCUCGCCAGUAAAUCAAGAGCAGUACGUAGCGCAACGUAGGGAACCGAGCGAGUAAUGGAUUCUACGGGGGGGGGGGGACAUUCCGUCGCAUAAACCCCGUCACAAACGGUGAUACAAUUGAGUCGGUUAUAUACACUUGAUCGUAACUGCAGUCAUGGUGUGUGUUCUGAACUUAUAAAUACUAAUUUUACGAUUGUAAUUGUAGGAAGUUCAUUUUAAGCACAUCGUGGAUACGUUCAGUGGAUGUGUUUAAAAUGAAACCCAGAGAAAAUAUUAUGUAAUUGUCGUUGGCAAGCAAUAUAUAUAUAUACAUACAUACACACACACAUACAUAUAUAUAUAUAUAUAGCAUCAGUGUUGUUCAUAUGUACAUUUGCUCUUGAAUUUCCCUCCACACACCCCAAUGGUUUCUUUAGAGUCGCAUGAAAAUAUUUAACUGAUCUCACACGCCAAACCAUGUACUGUAUUUGUCUUUUUACACUGUUUUGUUUUGGGGGUUUUUAAACAAAUGGUCUUUAAAUGUAAGGAAAGGUGAUGAAAGUCAAAACGAUUGUGCGGUUUUACAGUAUAUAAAGAAAAUAUAUUAGUUGCAGUAGGUAUGUGCCAAUUUCUGUUUGUGUUGUAAAAACUGUUUAAAAGGCGUAUGUGUCUGUGUGAGUACAACGACUGACAGGCUUACGGUAAAAAUAAUGACUUUGCAUUAAAAAGUACCGCAGACUCACCGGAUUUUAUAGAAGUUUCAGAUCCGGUGAUACUGUUUUAGCGUUUCAGACCAACAUCGGCCGGUAUACAGUAUUAGAUCGGUGCAUCCUGUGUGAUAACUACUAAAAAGGAAUAAUACGGUUGCAUCACGUGUCAGUAAUUAGAACACUUAUCGUUGCUUCCUAUCACUGUACAGGUUUAAAUGCUUUGUGAAAUGUCAAUAAAUUUGUUCGAAUUCCUA